AUGUUGUACGCGUCCAUCGUCGCCCUCGCAGCACUCGCGCUGCAAGGUGCUCGCGCCGACGGCUUCUACCGAGCUCCCCAAGUCGGCCAUCACGACGCUCCGCUCCACCGGCGAGACCUCGACAAGCGGUACCCGCCGGACCGUGCGACCACCUUCCGCCCGACGACGACGCCCGCCUACGCCGUCGAGACGGCCUCGCCCACCGCUUCGAGCUCUUCUUCGCAGACGACGCGACCGCCAGGGCAGUUUGGCGGCGGGACGGCCACCAGGGCUCUCGUCGCCGCGACGACGUCCCUCGCCUCGACCUGCGCGCCGCCUUACGUCGCACCGACCAUGAUCAGCGGCACCGGCACGCUGCCCAAACCGACGUCCUUCGUCCGACACGCCGUCUUCCGCGACAAGUUCCUCACGCUCGACGGCAAGCCCUUCGUCGUCGUCGGUCCAAACAUCUACUGGCUGUGCCAGGACGAGAACUACGGUCCGCUCGGCUCCUACACCGACAAGGCGCGCAUUCGCGAAGCUUUGGCUAUCGCAAUUCGCGCUUUGACGUGCGGCAUCUCGGUCGGCACCUACCUCGGCAAGAACCCGUACAACCUCCAGCCGACCAAGACCGUCAUCAACGAGGCGGCGGCAAGUCUGAUCCUCCUCUGGGACGUUCGCGACUAUGUACUCUAUGCGGCACGAGAGUACGGUCUGCGGGUCAUCAUGACCUUGACCGACAACUAUGCCUACUACCAUGGCGGCAAGUACGACUUCCUCAACUUUCGCAGCGGCUCUCUCGCCAAUGGUGGUGCAGCCUUCUACACGAAUCGAGGCGUCAUCAGCGCCUACACUAGCUACGUCACGCAGUUCGUUUCGCGCAUCAACUCGUACACCGGCGUCGCCUACGCCAACGACCCGACCAUCCUCUGCUGGGAGACCGGCAACGAGCUCGGAGGGUACAUCAACAAAGAGAUGUGGCCACCUCUCACCUGGACACACACCGUCCGCGGUAUCAUCGCCAAAUACGACCGCAAUCACCUCAUCAUGGACGGCACGAACGGCUUCUGGAACUACACCAACAACGCCGAGGCGGCUGGCCUCCAGUCGCGCUACAUCACGAUGAUGACGGAUCACGGCUACCCACGCAACCUCGGCAUCAUCCAGCACGAGGUCGGCCAACUCGCCAACACGUACUUCGGCAAGGCGUUCCUCAUCGGUGAGUACGACUGGACGACGACGCAGAGCUCGCUGCCGUUGUCCGACUACCUCAACUACAUCGAAUCUCAGAAACCGAACAUCGGCGAUAUGAUCUGGAACGUCAUGGGCCACGACCCGCAGUGCUGCCGCUACGUCUCGCACAACGACGGCUACUCUAUGUACUACCCGUCGGGCAACUCGGUCGCCGACCAGGCCAACAUCCUCCUCGUCUCGCAGCACUGGCACCGCCAGACCGGCCGCACGCCGCCCACCUCGCUCGUCGGCGUCACCUGCCCGCAGCCCGUCUUCUAG